AUGUUUCAACAACAGGCCCCUGGCAUAGACAGUAUUCUUUCUUCUUCGUAUUCAGCCUCUCCAAACGAAUCUACAUCCUUUCGCGAGAUUUCUUCUCCAAAAUCUUUGUGCUGUCCGAAUGCCUCCAUCAGUUUUGCUCCAAAAUUUCCCUUUGCCGAUGACUUCUUGAAUGUUUGUAAAGUUGCCCCACCUUCGAUAAGUGUUAUUUGCACUUCUAGUGAGAUAUUCUUUAGCUCCUCUGUUACCAUACCACCUCUUUACUCUAUGGCUUGUUCUAAUCCCCCUCUUGAUAGCCAUGAAGUAUUUGUUAAUUUUUUCGAACGGUUCAGAGCUAGUUUUAACGUCCGCGAAUCCGUAAAUGACAAAUCUUUGAAAUCGAAGUCCCAAUUUUUGGAGUAUGAAAAUCUCUUGGAGGAUGAUUUAAAAGUUUGGAGAUGUGGCAUUUGCGAAAAAUUGUACAACUCACCCACAUCUCUUCGAGUCCACGAAAGGUGUCAUUUCAAACCCUUCAAGUGCGAGUUGUGUGACAAAAGCUUUUCAAGAAAUUGGUUACUGGAAGGUCAUAGAAGGACCCAUACAGGUGAAAAACCCUUUCGUUGUACUUGCUGUCAACGAACUUUUGCCGAUCGUUCGAAUAUGCGGGCCCAUAUGCAAACACAUGAAGAAGUCAAACGGUGUAAAUGCUCAAAGUGCCCCCGUUCAUUCACUCGAAGAAGUCUGCUCAUUCGGCACAUGGAACGUUGUUGUGCUUCCAAAGUAACAUAUUUCGCCUGA